AGAAGAAUGAAUCCAUCCAGCCUGGGAAUUCCUUGCCAAGAGAUACAAUGAAUUCAGAUAUCAGUUCAGUGGUAUCGCGACCAUCGGCAGAUUCGCAAAAAGACCUUCUAGGAAGACGACGAUCUGGAGUCACACCUGUUCGAUUCGUCCCAAAAGAGGAUGAUAAAUUACCAGUUCAUAAAAAAGAUCCAGAAGAUGAACGUUUGAUACGGACCGCUAUUGAGAAUAAUGAAUUCCUUAACAAAAUUAUAUCAGAGCAAAGAAUAAUAGAUGUGAUAGCAGCAAUGUACAUAAGAAAAGUAUCUUCCAAAGAAAUUCUGAUCAAGCAAGGCGACAAAGGAUCGCACAUGUAUGUUUCCGCCAAGGGCAAGUACCAAACGAUCAUCAAAGGAAAAGUGGUGAAUGAGUUCGAUAACGUUCGGGUUUUUGGAGAAUUGGCCAUUUUGUACAAUGCCAAACGCUUGGCCACAAUAAGAGCAGUCACUUCUGGAAUGGUGUGGGUACUGGAUAGCAAUGUCUACCAACAGAUAGUGAUCCGCCACAAUAUUCGAGAACAAGACGAGACGAUGAAUUUCCUGAUGAACAACGAAUAUCUCAAAGUUGUGGGAAAAGACGCUCUACAAGUGGUCGCUAAUUUGCUAAAGUCUGAGUUUUUCCCGACUGGUAAAGAAAUUGUUCGACAAGGCGACAAAGGUCAUAAAUUCUACAUAAUCAGAGCGGGUACUGUGACCAUAACUAAGGAUAAGGAAGGCGUUGUUGGCGUUUACAGAAAGGGAGAUUGUUUUGGCGAACUGGCGUUAUUAGAAGAAGACUGCAGGCAGGCCACGGUGACUGCAGACGCACCCGGAGUUGAAUGCCUCACCCUCACGAGAAAGGAGUUCAUCGAUCAUCUAGGCGAGAUAAAAAAUUUCAAAUAUAUCAGAGUGACGCCAAAAGACUCCAUCAAACCUGCCGCAGCCGAACACGGUGAACUGAAUCUGUUGGAUCUGAAAAUCAGAAAAACUCUGGGUGUAGGUGGAUUUGGCAGAGUAGAGUUAGUUCAGCACAUCAAGGAUGAGAGCCUUGUUUUCGCCCUGAAGUAUCUGAAGAAAGUUGACGUAGUUGCGCAGUGUCAAGAAGAACACGUUUAUAAUGAGAAGACCAUACAGAUGGCGUGUAAUUCGCCUUUCAUAGUUAGGCUGUAUAGAACAUUCAAGGAUCAAAAGUACAUAUACUUCCUUAUGGAAUCUUGUUUGGGCGGCGAUCUUUGGAGUAUGCUGCAGAAGCAGAAAAAUCGUCGAUUCGAAGAGAAAGACGCCAGAUUCAUCUGCGCGUGCGUAUUGGAAGCUUUCGACUACCUUCAUUCCCGAGGUGUCAUUUUUCGGGAUCUGAAACCGGAAAACUUACUGAUUGCACUGAACGGCUAUAUAAAACUAACAGAUUUUGGAUUUGCCAAGAAACUUUCCGGGCAGAGCAAAACCUUUACUUUUGCCGGAACACCGGAAUACGUUGCUCCGGAAAUAGUUUUGAACAGGGGACACAACAGGGCGGUCGACUACUGGGCGUACGGAGCUUUCAUUUUCGAAAUGCUGACUGGCAGGACUCCCUUCAGGACGGAUGACAGCAGCCAUAUGCGCACUUACAACAAAAUCCUCAGCGGAAUAGACAACAUCAGUUUUCCCACCUACGUAAACCUCAAAGCGAGGCAUCUCAUCGAGAAACUGUGCCAACCGGUACCAUCGGAACGACUAGGGAUGAGUAAGGGUGGGAUUCAAGAUAUAAAGAAUCAUAAAUGGUACUUGGGAUUCGAUUGGCCGGCGUUUGUGAAAUUGCAAAUGCCCUCUCCGUUCAAACCUAAGUUGAGCAGCCCGAUCGAUACGAAAUAUUUUGAUCAGUUCAAAAGAGAUAACGACACGCCACCUGAUGAACUUUCUGGAUGGGAUGAUAGUUUUUGAUCAACUCGAAUUUUGGUUUUCAUCUGUCAGGCCUGAGGUAUUUUUCGGUACUUUGCAUCUUUCAUUUAUAGGAACUACAGAACAGGGCAGGGAAACUAUAUCUUUGAACGGAGACAGGAUUUUGAACGACUUCAAACCGAAACUAACCUUUUAAUCAUAUCUAGCAUGUGAGUUAGGGGCCGUUCAAGGUUUACGUAUUUAUUACAACUAUUAACCCCUCACCAUCCCCCUUGUCAGCACAAGUAAUCAAAGCUCUUACCCCGCGUCCCAUGCUUACGUAAACAUUGUUAUAUGCAUUGUUUUUUCAACGAAUUCUGUUUCUUCUUUGAAUUGAUUCAUGAGCAGCAGUUUUAAUUCUAGAAAUAAGAAAAAAUAUUAAGGAUAUAGGACUUUACCCACAUAAUAUUCAUUUGAACAAGCUUCAUUGACACGGUAUUCAAUAGAGAGUAAGAGAGUAAGUUCGGCAGAGCCGUACUCUUACCAUCUGACCUGAAAGACCACUAUAUUCAAACCAAUCGGCUUCGUUAAGAAGCUGGGUUUAUUUGGCCGAGUGUGAAUAGGCGUGAGCCACAAUAAACCCUUACGGGUUGCGGUGAAGGGUCGAAUAAGCCCACUCACUUUAUACCUAACCUAACCUCACCUCUAAAUUUUGAAUACUGCAGAUCAGCUCAUCAGCACGACAAGCAGCGUCUCUUAUAACACCAACUUUGACAGCAGUGUGCGUGUUUACUUUUUUAUGGAUCUUCCCGAUGUGGCGAUUUAGCGACUUGACGGAAGCCUGAUAAAAACCCCAUGUUUUGCAUGUUCGACUUGAUAGCUUCAACUUUACCGUCGGACAAAAAUAAUCGUAAGGCAUUCGCAGGUAACCUUUGAGUGAAGCAUUUAAGCAUGGAGCUGAAUUGACUGGAAGACUGAGAAAUUGCCUUCCAACAUGCAAAACCAAGUCAUCAACUGUUUGUAUUACUUUUACUGGUGGUGGAAGACACCUGUUGUCCAGUAAUCUAAAUAGGCCACUUCUUGGACGACAGCUUUCUAUGUUUCUACAUUUAACAAUUUUGAAGCAAGUAUUGGCUUUCAAGCACAUGUUCAGUAUACCAUUUAAUGUCUGGGAAAUCGGGAAGCGAGUGACUAAACGUAAACAAUAUUUGUGGGAAUUCCCAAAAAUUCAUUCCGUUUUCAAACAUGGACAAUGUGUGGAUUGCUAUAUGCGUAAAAAAGUAAAUAACUACUGCUGGCGUAAUUACCAUCUAGCUAGACCUCCCGUCCCCCAAGUCAUCAAAAAUGAGCAAAGCAACCCCUCCGUUCCCAAUAGUGCCCCUAAUACUUGAACGGCCCCUUAUCAACCAAUCACAUAAUUUCGUCGUAAUACCCAAUAUCAGCAGAAAUCGUAGAUGUUAAAUCAAAAUUGCUUAUUCAGUGUUUGAUUCUUAUCGAUUUUUACGGUUGUUCAAAGAUUGUUGCGAGGUUUUUUGUAGUUUCAAAACGAAUGCUAAAUUAAUUUUUCUCUUGAAAAUGUUGAAAAAUGCUCACAUAAAAUGACUUAUCAAGGAUUUCAAUGUUUUCAAUAAUCCAGUGGGAAUUAUUCCAAAACUGAUUUAUCUGUGUACUUGUAUUUAUAUUCAUCAGUUCUAAUGUUAUUCGUAUGUGAAAACUUGAAAAUAAAUAAAAUUUACAUGCAUUUCAUUUAAA